AUGGAGUUGUCAGCAGGCCUGGCCAAACUGCAGGCAGAGGUCAUGUGCCCCGUGUGCCUGGACUACCUCAAGGACCCGGUGACCCUGGACUGCGGACACAACUUCUGUGGCGCCUGCAUCGAGAAUUCCUGGAAGGAGGUGGAGGGCACGUUCCCUUGCCCCCUGUGCAGGCAGCCCCGCCUGACAAGGAGCGUCAGUGCCAACCCGCAGCUGGCAAGGCUGGUGGAGCUGGCCCAGCCCCUGCAGGGCUCCAGGCCCCUUGCAGGCGAGGAGGCGCAGGCAGAGGCGCGCAGCUGUGCGGAGCACCAGCAGGAGCUGAGCCUCUUCUGCGAGGACCACCAGGAGCUGCUGUGCCCGCGCUGCGCUCAGAGCGCGGCCCACCAGGGCCACCGCGUGGCGACGGUGCAGGAGGCCGCGCGCCGGCACCGCCAGAGGCUCGGCGGCUACAUCGGGCCCCUCAAGAAGCGCCUGGCCCAGGUGCAGAAGAUGACGAAGCGGCGGCUGGCGUCGGAGUUCGAGCAGCUCGCGGAGUUGGUGGAGCGCCAGCAGGACGCCGCGCUGGGCAGGCUGGCCGAGGAAGACAAGCGCCUGCAGAGGCAGCUCAGCGCCAACAUCGCCGCCUACUCGGACCACAUCGCCCGGCUCAAGGGCCUCAUGAAGGAGGUGGCGGAGCGCAGCGUCCUGUCCGAGGAGAUGCUGCUCGCGGGCCUCGGGGGCGUCGUGCGGCGCUGCGAGGACCUGCAGCCCCCGGCCGUGGCGCCCCUGAGCUGCAGGCGCCCCGACUACAGCCUCCCCCCCCUGUGCUCUGCGCUGAGCAACCUCAUCCGCAGGUUCCGCGAGCCCGUGAGCCUGGACCCCCGAAUGGCUCACCCCAGUCUGCGCGUGUCCGAGGACGGCAAGUCCGUGUCCUGGGUGCCCAAAAGGCUCAGAUCGCAGACGAGCGCCAAGUUUGGAGGCAGCAGCGCCGAGCUGGUGGUCCUGGGCCGCGAAGCUUUCUCCUGUGGCCGCCACUACUGGGAGGUGCAGGUGGGCGACAAGCCCGAGUGGGCCGUGGGCGUGUGCACAGACGCCCCUUGCAGCCAGGCCCAGGGCCUCCCGCCAGGCAGGAAGGGACUCUGGGUCCUGCAGCUGCAGGAUGGCGUCUACCUGGGGGCCGGCUCUGCGGGGGCGCCCCUGGCUCUCAAGGACAGGCCCAAGGUCAUCGGCAUUUUCCUGGACUAUGAGCUGGGCCAGCUUUGCUUCUAUAACGCGAGCGACAGGUCCUACCUCCACUCUUUCUCGGAGACCUUUGCUGAGGUGCUGAAGCCCUAUUUCCGUGUGGGGCCCGACUGCACCCCUCUGACCCUGAGCACUGGGAGUGGGGACCUGGACUGA